GCCACCUUGCCCACCUCCGCCCGACAUCAUCGGCCGCCGGUCAUCGCAACUCUCCGAAACCUACUCAGCUCCCCUUGCAACGGCAUCGGCCUUGGCAGACCCCGUUCGACAUUGUAACCAUGUCGGCUCCCGGAAUGGCGAGCACCAACCCGGACGCCGCUCCUCGAGCAAAACCCCAACGCGUCCUCGCGUGCGUCCUCUGCCAGCAGCGCAAGAUCAAGUGCGACCGCAAGUUCCCCUGUGCACAUUGCACAAAACACCAGUUACAGUGCGUGCCUGCGACGCAGAACCGACCCCGGAGGCGGCGGUUCCCAGAGAGGGAGCUUCUCGACCGCCUGAGGAAGUACGAGGGCCUACUGCGACAGAAUAAGGUCGAUUUUGAACCGCUUCAUGGGGACCUAGGUGCCAGGUAUGGAAAAUCUGUGGAUGAUAGCGGUGGGUCGGACGAUGAGCACCGAUCCGAAGACGUGGGAAUGCCCUCGCCGUCAAUCACUGUGAAAUCUGAAACCUCAUAUGAGCCCAAGAACUUUUGGCAUCUGGUGAGCCCAGAGCUGGAGGAGUCGCAUGCUGGCUUGCGAGAGACAAUCAGGCAGACGUGGGACCAAGCCUGCGAUAGCGAUGACCACAUCCUCUUCGGCUCCCCAGACCGGUCGUCCGUCGACCUCUCAACCCUUCAUCCCGAGCCCGUCCACAUCUUUCGACUCUGGCAGAUUUACCUUGACAAUGUCAAUGCACUGCUUCGAGUGACGCACGCCCCCAGCUUCCAAGCGCGCAUCAUUGAAGCUGUGAGCAGCGUAGACAACAUCAGCCCGGCGUUGGAGGCUCUCAUGUUCAGCAUCUACUCUAUGGCCAUCAUAAGUCUUUCUGAUGACGCAUGUUACGAUAUUUUCAAGCAGCCGAAAGCCCUGCUCUUGACCAAGUACCAGUUUGGAUGCCAGCAAGCUCUUUCAAACAGUCAGUUCUUGAGAACUAAUGACGUUGACUGCCUGACUGCGUUAUUCCUCUACCUCCAUGCAAGCCGCCCCAGCGCUCACAUUCGAUCAAUAUCAUCGCUCCUCGGCGUUGCCAUUCGCAUCGGCCAACGCAUCGGUCUCCAUCACGAAUCUGCUAACACCAGGUGUACCAUCCUAGAGGCCGAGAUGCGCCGCAGGCUUUGGUGGUCCUUGGUACUCUUCGAUGCCCGCAUGAGCGGCUUGACCGAGCACAAGGCUACCAAUUUGACCCCGACAUGGGACUGCGCCGUGCCGAUGAACGUCAGCGACUCUGACCUCCGAGCGGAAAUGAAGGAACCGCCGAGGGCGGAGAUGAAAGUCAGCGAGGCGCUCUUCUCGGUCGUGACGGCUGAACUCGCCGACUUUACUCGGCACACCUCCUUCUACCUCGAUAUGACGAACCCGAUCUUGAAGCCUAUCGCCAAGGAGCUACCUGGAGGCGGCAAGGUGGACUGGUUGGAGAAGUCAGUAGAUGACAAGUACUUCCGGUACUGUGACCUUGAGAACCCAACUCAUUUCAUGGCUAUGUGGAUGUCACGAGCAUCUCUUUCAAAGUUUCGCCUGAUGGAAACGUCUCACAGUUUCUACGAAGGCCCAGUCGAAGAGAAGCACCGCAUCACGUUGACCAGUGCUCUAAGGUGGCUUCAGUGCGAUGCGAAUCUGGCAGCCUCUCCCCUGACCCAGAGAUUUCGAUGGUUUCUCCAGAUCUACUACCCGUUCCCAGCCUACAUCCGCAUCACACAGUUCCUCAAACUAAAUCCCCUGGAUCCCAAAGGGGAGUACAUUUGGAACGCCAUGAGCGAUCAUUUUGAGGCUCGGUUUGAGAAGCUCGAGCCGGGGUAUAACCCUGUCUUUGUCCCAUUCACCGAGGUCAUUAUCAGCACCUGGGAGGUGGUGGCAAAGGCGCUCAGGGAAUCAGGCCAGCCGGCAAUCCCGCCGAGAAUUGUAGGCAAAGUACAAGAAAAGCUGGUAGAGGUGACGCCGGCUCUGAGUCCACAGUCUUCCGAUAUCGGGCCAAAGGCCGAAGUUAUGAACAUGAACUCCUACGACUUUAGUGCAUCUUUUCCGAUGGACAUUGUCAGCCAGAGUCUCACUUAUGACCAGGGCGGAUUUCCUCCCACAGACAGCGGUCUGUAUUCGAAUAUUAAUGUACCAGACAUGCGAGGCAUCAACAUCGAUCAAUUCAACUGGGACUCAUUGGACUUGGGGCAAAACGGGCAAGCGACAUGACGAUGAUCGCUUGGAUAUCACAUGCAAUGAAGAUGAAACCAUGGGUAUGAUCAUGUGCGGCGGAAGUCACGAAUACUGAACCACCAUGAUUGACAGCGUUUACAGAGAGCCUCACUGCUCAAUUUCCACAUAGACAAAUGCGCAAGCAAGCGUGCAUAAUUCAACUCUACUUAAACAUCAACUUUAAAUGUGCGCCAGGACAUUGCCGAAUCACUCAUUCAUAGGCAAUGGGAAGAGUAUUCAAAGCUCUGUCAUGAAACCGGUUUGGUAUUCUUGAUGAUAAUUACGUGUAUGUACAAAGUGCGACAAUAUAUACGUGUCGAAAAUGUGAACCUGAACACAGUUCAGGUUGGGUAUAAGAUCCGCACAGCGUUGUUCAGCAUAGCUGUAACAAGCAUUUACUGGACGGUGAGGGUGUAGGCGGACGUCGUGAAGACGGCGUUGGU